UCAAGUUUCAUGACUUAAAAAUGCCUCCCAACACUCAAGACAUAUUAUAUUAUAGAGAGCCUUGGACUAGAGUGGUUGAAAAAAUAGUUUUGCUACAAUUGAAAAAAGCCUACAAAGAGGAUAGAUGGUUCCCGCAAAAUGAUUAUUGGAACAAAAUUUGUCUUGAUGAAGUGCGUGACGAGUUAUCGGGUCGCCCUUUCUUCCUCAACUACAUCACUCAACAUCAAUAUAAUUUAAAGUAUGUGGAAUGGAAGGUAAGGCAUUUGCAAUUUAAGAUGUUGCUUGAGAAUUUUACUGUUUGGUACGAUGAAGACUCAAACACUGUUUAUGCUGCUCAAGAAACGUGGGACCUCAUUAGUCGGCGGUAUCCCGAUAUGAUGUGUUACAAUCCAGAGGGAGAGGAAAAUUGGGCAAUCUUGAAAGAAUUGUAUGACGAGCCUGAUACUACUACAAGCGAGUCGAGCGCAAACGACGAAUGAAAACAAUUUAUUCAGCUAAUAUAUUAGGGUGUCUUUUAUUUUGUGUGAUUUAAGGCUUUUACUUAUUGUAAUAUUUAUUCGAGUUCUCUUUCUUCUUUAGUGGUUUUGGUGUGUUUUGUUGUGUUUUCUUUUCUUUUUUUUCGAGCCGUUUGGUGUGUGUUGUUGUGUUUUUUUUUUGGUUUUAAAGCUUAAUGUAAUAAGGGAGGAUAUUUUGGAUAUCAUUGCAUUCAAGAAUUUAGUGGUUUUGCCUCUUAUAUAUUCGCCCUUUAAACUAGAACCUUUACGUGGGUAUUUGUCAAAAUAAACAAGCAUAGUUAUUCAAAAUGCCAACACCAAUUUCUCAAGACAUUGUUUAUUAUUACCCACCAUGGUCUCGACCAAUUGAACAUCUUGUUUUAGUCGCAUUCGAUCGUGCAAAAGAGGUCGGCAUUUGGGAGCCUGGUGAUUUUGUUGGAAACAUUCCAGUGAUUGAUAAUAUAUGCCGCACUUUCAGUGCAUAUCCU